AUGACGUUUACUUUCCGAUUAAAAAGUAUUUUAAGAAAUGAUGUAUUUUCUAAAAAUAUUAAGGGAGAAAUUAAUGAUGGUAAAAUUAUCUUUACCUGGUUAGAUAAUAAUAAAAAAAUGAAUGAAAGUUAUAAUAUUAGAGAUUUUAUUGGAAUAAAAGAAGAUACAAAAAAUAAUGAUGUACUUGAUACUUAUUUUUAUUUGAUUAAUGAAAAAGCAUUAUAUCGUGAAAGAGUUUUUUUAAAAAUGCAAGUUGAAUCAUUAGAUCAAAAGAUUGAAUUAUUAAAUAUAUUUAAAAAUUUUAUUAAACUUAAACAAUCUCCUCAUAUGCCAAGAAAUACUUUGGUUGUAUCUGAAAAUAAAUAUUCAGUUUAUGUUAUAAUAAAUCCAUUUGGUGGAACACAAUUAGCAAGACAACAAUGGGAAACAGAAGUUAAAACAAUAUUUGAUGAAGCAGGUAUUAUUUAUACAGUAUAUGAAACAAAAUGCAAACUUGAUGCUACGAGAAUUGUAAAUAAAUUGAAAAUUGAUAAAUUUGACUGUAUUGUUGUUAUGGGAGGUGAUGGUAUGUUAAGUGAAGUUUUCAAUGGUAUAUUAACACGACCAGAUAGAGAAAGGGCAUUAAAAAUUCCGAUAUGUCAUAUACCAUCAGGUACAUGUAAUGCUGUUGCAGCAAGUAUAUGUUUUCAGGCAAAUGAACCUUUUCCGCCAAGAGAUAAUUUUGUUAAACAAACUGCAUUAAUGUGUGUAAAUCCUAGUUAUAUACCAUUAAGAUUGAGUGUUGUUGAAACCAAAGAAAAUGGUAAUAUACCGAUGUUUUUAAGUGCCACUUGGGGAAUUAUUGCCGAUAUUGAUAUAGGUAGUGAAAGAUUUCGUUGGGCGGGUAUGUUAAGAUUACACAUUGAAUCAUAUUUACGAAUAUUUCAAUUACCAAGUGUUGCUAGUUAUGAAGCAAUUAUAAGUUACAUUCCAGUUGAGGGUGAAAGGCAUCUAUUUGGAGAUAUCCAUUUUGACUAUGAUGAAAUAGAAGAAUGGAAGUUUGCUGAAAAUGGUAAUGACGAAAAAAAUAAAUUAAGUUUAGAUAAUUUCUUUAAAAAUGACAAUAAAUUAAAUGUACCUUCAAUUAAUGAAGUAAUUCCAAUUGACAAUAAAUGGGUAACUUAUUCAGAAAAAGUUACAACAGUAUCAAUAGUUAAAUUAAGUCAUCUUGGAAGUGAUAUUCCAUUUUUACCAUGUGCUAAAAUAGAUGAAGAUGUACUUUAUCUUUGUAUAUGUAAAUGGGAAGGUAUGAAAAACCGUUUUGAAAUGGGAUUUUUCUUAGAUGAUAUCUGUCGAAGUGAUCAUUUAAAAUAUCCAUUUUUUGAUAUAAUUCCAGUAAAAGCAGUUAGAGUUGAACCUAUUUUUAGGGGAAAUUUGGGACAUUUUGCUGUUGAUGGUGAACCACUUAAUCCAGGCCAAACAUUUCAGGUGAGAACCUUAUCAAAAACAGCUACUUUAGUAACAAAAAAAAAUUUAUAA